AUGGCAAACGCAACAGGGAAAGACAAUGAGCCUCAGUCCCCCAUCGACAGUAUCCGAGAAAGUAGUCAGGAAGGACCUACAGCCAAUGUAUCAAGAGAUAAGGUGGCAGAUGAGCUCGACACACAGAGAGUGGAGGAAGAGCAAGACUUAUAUGCCUCCUCGUCUGCGCAACGCGAGUUCCGGACGACAGACGAAACACAGUCUUUACAAACUUCCACGCAAUCGUCCCGGCAGAGGCUCACUCCUGGAGAUGUUCGAAGACGACAGCCGAGGAACAACACAGACACUCAACCAUUUGAAGCAUUAAGAAAUCGGCCAACUCGGAUCCCCAGAGCCCGUGAUAACGUGCCCCCACGUCUCGACCGAAAUCUGCGCGGAUCUGUUCCCUACAUCAAAAAGGACACCGGCCUGGGUAAUUGGCAAGCGAAAUUCCACCAUACUUCUUAUCCUCAUGGUUAUGGUCCUAUGGGUGACUUCAUCUUUCCCAGUACAGUCACUGACACACAGCAUCGAUUUGCCACAGAUAUCGAGCACAUAAGAAAGGAAAGAUUCCACUUGCUUCAGGACAAUCAGUUAAUCGUUCCAGCACGACUGACAGGUGUUCUGGCAAAGAUCGUGGAGAAUCCAUACAUGACGACGGAAGAACUCUUGAACGUAUACCUGGAACUUACGGACAGUGAGCCUCCUAUAACAAGCCUUGUGGAUGGUGGCGUCAUGAUUCCUGGCAUGCUAGUAAAGGAUGACGACGACGUAUCUCCGACGCAGCAUGAGGAGAAUACAGCCCAAGCAAUUGACCACAACAAUAACCUUCAGCAGGAAACAGAACCAAAAGAAGUGGACGUUCCAACUAGAAAAGGAGAGCGUCUAGUCGCUAGCUUUGUCAAGGACAUUUUUCGAGUCUUCCAGCUUAAUACCCAGCUUUUCGUUACCAUCAAAAUGGAAGAUCCACAAUUCCCAGACUAUGAGAACGAAUUUAAUGUUACCAUACCACGUUUCGUGUUGCGUACAAACCACCUUGCCAGAAGAGUGAGCAAGGCCACCACUGCGGCAGCUAAAGAGCUACUAGGAUGGAUUGGAUGGAUUCUACACAAACUCAAUCCUUUGCCAUAUGUCAAGAAGCUGAUCAAUGCUCUUGGCGGGUUCUACCACGAGCUGCUCCGUCUGGCUGCUGGAGCUUUCAGAGGUACCGGGGCUAUCAUUCGAGAAUGUCAAAGACUUUGGAUAGACAAGGUACUGCUUCCAGCUCAAGCGACAGCCGAAGCUGCAGGGAGAGGAAGCAAGAAUGCAGCUCUUCAAACCUGGGGAGGAAUCAGGAGUUUAGCUACUCGUGAAAACUUCCCUUGGCUUUUCGCUUGGAUCUGCAUCAAUACCAUGCUGUGGAGAUUCGGUGCGUUCGACGGUUGUCAUUACUGGGACUGGACUGAUUGGGCGAUCUGCGGUGCUCAAGAAGCCAUUUUGACAACAAUUCUUGAGUGGGUGUUGGGGCCUGGACGAUUUCUUGGUAGCAUGUGGCACGGAAUUGGCUUCGCUGCUAACUCAAUCGGUAGCGGCCUCCAGUGGUUUGCAAAGUUCUGCGUCACAUCGGUAAAAGCAGCUUACAGCUCUUUCAUUAUCGCGGUCCUGGCAAGCUGGAACUUCUUAAAGAAUGCCUUCUGGGGCACAAUACACUGGGUCCAACAACUCUGGGCCUGGUUUACAGCACCUGAAGGUCUCUAUCGACGAUUGUUUGCUCUGCUUACUCUUGGACUUGGUAUUUACUUCCGCUCAGAAGCGGCAGAACUUAUCGAGGAGACUGUUAAGGCAUUGAACUGGAAGCAAUGCUCGCUUGCUGCGCUUGGGACCACGCUUGUGGUUGCCAUUGUCCUCGACUAUCCCAUGGAUGGACCAUUCAUCCCUUGGCUAGGUCGAGCACUCACGAAGACAUGGAUCGCAACAGAAGACGCUAUCUUUGCCUUGCAAGCCUUAACACGAAGAAUAAGUUCUGCUUGUGGGGCAGUCAUCUUAGACGGCUGCGACUACAUGGAGGCUGCACUCAUCUACCUCUACAAUGCUGUCAAAGCCAGUAUGCUGUACUUUUGCAAAAGUGUUCGAGAUGCUCUGGUUUGCACAUACAGCACUCUUCGAGAUUAUGCUAUCUACUCCAUCAACAGGAUCCAUGGAUGGCUGAUCUACUUCUUCAACAACAUUGGAGGCAUCGUUAUAACGAUUCUGCACACCAUUCAGUCAGUUAUUACGUGGCCAUUCCGUCAGAUUGCUAUAGUCCUUCCACGCGCAUACCAUGCCCUCAAGCGAGAUCUCACCAAACUUGUUGACAAUCUUGUCCGGACAUUGGUGUCUAUUCGGGAUGCAAUCCUUCGUAUAUUGCGGGCUUCACGUGCAAAGCGUUCGAACAAGCCUGAUGCUAACGCAGGGACAGUCGCAACUGUCCGAGCACCUCGAAGGAACUUCCUCUCAGCGGUUCCUUGGGGAUGGAUAAAAUACCCUGCCUACUGGCUCUUCCUUGUCAGCGCAGUCGCUACAGGUGUCUGGCUCGCCCUGUGGUAUUGUGGAUGGUGCGGGUCAGAUCUCUGCCUCAGCACUGGUCAAGGUCGAGGCAUGAGUGGAUUGCUAGGUCGUAUCGAGGAGGUGCUUGAACAGGUGUUGGGCCGAUACGAGCACGUCAGAAUGAUGCAGCAUGAAGAAGCUAUGGCGAAGUUGGAGGAGAUGGUUAGAGGACUGCAGCCAGCGGAACCUCUUGCUGUCAAGUGGAAGUUGUGGUAG